AUGGAUCCUGUCAAAUACAUCUUUAAGAAGUCGGCUCUAACCGGUAGAGUAGCCCGAUGGCAAAUGGCUUUAACCGAGUACGAUAUCCAAUCUGUCACUCAAAAGGCCAUCAAAGGAAGUGUAUUGUCUGAUUAUCUUGCACAACAGCCUCUGGAGGAUUAUCAGUCUAUGCAUUUUGAAUUCCCCGACGAGGAUAUCAUGUUGAUUAGGGAUUGCAACAUCCCCAAUCCUGAGGAAGAACCCGAGCCUGGAUCCCGAUGGACCUUGGUUUUUGAUGGAGCUUUUAAUGCUCAUGGCAACGGUGUUGGGGCAGUAAUCACUUCUCCAAAAAAAUUCCACCUCCCCUUCACCGCCAGAUUAUGUUUUGAAUCCUUGGUAAUCAGCCAAGUCAGAGGAGAUUGGGAUACUAGAGAUCAUAAGCUUAUUCCUUACAAAGAGCAUGUCUUGAAACUAGUCCCCUACUUCGAUGAAAUUACAUUCCACCAUAUCCCUCGAGAAGAGAAUCAGCUAGCUGACGCCUUGGCAACUUUAGCAUCCAUGUUUAAGGUCAAGCGGAAGAACAAAGCGGCAUCCUUUCAACUCAACUACUUGGACGAACCUGCUUACUAUCUGGCAGCAGAAGACGAAGCUGACGGUCAUCCUUGGUUCUAUGAAAUCAUGAAAUUCUUAGAGAACCAAGAGUACCCUGCGGAUGCAUCCAUCACCGACAAGAAAGUAUCCUCGAAAACUAUCAUCCAAAUUAUUCUUGAGUGA